AUGAGGACAAGACGCUGUCAUCAGAUCUUCAACAAGGCAACGUAAGUUUUAAUAUCUAACAGAAAAUUAUCAUCCUUUUCUUUGAUGGGUCUACAUAAUUGUCAACAUUGUUUUUGUGUUUUCUUUCUCCCUUUCCAGCUCGCGGGAUAAUACCCUAAAGAAGUUCCUUGAGGUAAGUUGUUGGAAUCUUCCUUUUUGUGAAGUUUAAAAAAAUUGUAUACUGGAAACGAAGAACUGAAAAUUGUUCCGGAAUAUUUCGGCUGAAUCGAUCACCUAUUAUUAUCCAAAGGUGCGUGGUUGUAUAGCACUCACGUGACCUUAGGACUGUUGCAUGACAAGAGAACUGUAUCGUAGAUAUUCUUUGGCUGCAGAUUCCCAUCCCUGUUAACAAAGAGUCUUGUGUUAAAAUCAUCUCACCGAGAGGAACUAGGCGAUCUGUUAAUCACAAUUUGCCUUGUUUUUCUUUCUUUUUUAGGACGCUACAAGGCUGACAGACAACUUUCUUGAUGUAUGCAACAAGGAUGUGCCCAAAGGUCCCUCUAAAGACAAGCUCAGUAUGAGUCAUGAUUUUGUCGUGUUUAAGAGACUCGUAUCUAACCCGUAAGUUAUUACAUCUGCUACUAUUAAAAGUUUAAAAUAGAUGAUAUUUAACGAGCUGUGAGUGGAAAUUUACUUAAAUUCAAUAAACGAGAUGCCCGCUCCUAUUCUGUGUUUUGUGAUUAUUUAGAUUAGUUACAAAAUAUUUUAUAAUCUUUUCAGUGUGAUUAGAAUAUAAAGUUCAUUUUCUAGACAGGUCGGUGUUUAAAAUUUGUGCAAUUUUCACAAGGACCGCCUUAUAAAGAAUAAUUCAACACAUGAAAAUCACCUACAAUUAAUUAAUUAACAGAAGUUCACUAAUACCUUUUUGUUUUCAGAAAUUUCAGUCCCAUAGUUGUUCCACUCCAGUCCUCCAUGACCGUCACGCUACCUUCAGGCGCCGGAAGUCACCAUGACCACAAUCCUUUCCCAGGCUCCUUGGCUUGUAUUAUUGGUUUUGAGGAUACGGUCAGUUCACAUUUCUUUAAAACAUGUUAUUGGGUUGUGAUACUUUGCGUACGGUUGUCGAUAGCGACAACUUUUCCUUCCUGAGAAUAAGUUUAUUUUAUUUUCUUAACUAAAUAAACAAUACGUGCUUAUUGAUGCAAGAAAGGUGUUUCUUUUGCGUCAGCUGGUUUAAGGCCUGGAACCUAGAAAUCUUAGGGGGUCGGAAAUUCGGAAAACCCUUGGAAGAUCCGAUCGCUUGCGCGGAGCUUCCGAGCGUCCCCGAAGAUUUCUCGGUUCCAGACCUCGCACCAGCUGACCGAAAAAUUUAAACUGGUUGUCAAAGAAAGCACAUUUUAUGAAGUAAAUAGCGAGUGAUUUUGUUGUUGUUGUUGUUGUAAGGAAAGGACACAAGUUAGAUUCAAGUUUGAAACGUGGAUAUCACGUAACGUGGAUAUCAACUGUUCUUAACACUGUUUUAUAGUUUAUCUUAAAUUUCCAGGUUAUAACUUGUUUGUUUAUUUACUUAUCCAUUCAUUUUUAAUUUUGAAAUUUCCAGGUUGAUGUUUUACAGUCUCUUCAGAAACCAAAGAAGAUUACUAUCAAAGGCAGUGAUGGCAAGACCUACACCAUGAUGUGCAAACCUAAGGUUAGUUCUUUCUGUGAUCAGCAAAUUAUUUUCCCUUUGAGUAAAAGUGCAUACUCGUGUGGGUACGAUACAUGACGGAGUAGUCAUGGCCUCGCGCUUAAAAUCCCCGGAGUUUCAGUGUUCGAAAACCUCUGGCACCACUACCGCUGGAUUUUUUUUCUCGGUUGCCUUAGUUUAACUUCUCAGCCAUCCUUGUAAAUAGCCAAUUGUCUGCCUCCUGCGGGAAAUGUUUAAUCUCGUUAUGUUCCCUUUGAAAUGUUUGUUUUAAUAAAGCGUUUCACAUUGACGCUGGUUACAACCAACGGUUAGGGAGUGCAAGUGUGCUCAAUGUGACAAAUCACUCUAGCUCCAACGCUUUGCUUUGCGUAAGUUUCCUUUGUUAGAAGGUGUAAGCGCCCGUGAUCAUAUUACGUGUCAUCAGCCUUUUUGGUUCUAUGCAUUCCAUUCACUCUCAAGUGACGUCCAAACGGCUGCGUGGGCGCAUGCGUAAUAGCGACCUGGCCCCAGCUGUUUAAAAGAUGGGUAGCGCUAUUCAAUGGAUAAAUCUCUCUCCACUGGAUAACGCAAUUGGUUUCCCUAAUACUAGAUAGCGCUAUCUAUUAACCGUGGCCUGUAGAUUAGGAUUACAAGCUCCUCUGGUCGCCAGCAAUUUUUAAGCAAGUAUGUUAGUAGAAGCAACGGUAAAUCUUUGUCGUCGCAAACUUUUAUUUAUCCCGCAGUGUCUUAACGUAGGAGGAAAACCUGUAUAUUUGUUUCUUGUAGGACGACCUUAGGAAAGACUCGAGAACGAUGGAGUUCAAUGCUCUUGUAAACAAGGUUCGACAUAUUUUGUUUAGCAUGUUUUAAUACUCGGGGUCUGCUUUCGACUGUUUCACUUUUCGUUUUACCGUCUAGAUAAACAUCUAAACAUUUUGCUCUAAAACAGUGUCAGUAACACAUAUUGACCGUUGUAGAUAUUCGCCCGGGACGGGACGAGAAGGGACACUGUCCUGUUGCUUUAUGGGACUGUAUUAAUCUCGUACCCAGAUCUCACUCUGUCUUACGCGGGAGAUCUGGGUACGAGAUUAGGAAUAUACUUGUGAAAUACAUGUUUUGGGGGACGGAUUUUUAUCCAGUUUCCUUCGCAACUCCGUACUUGCCAAUGAAAUCAGCGAUAGCACCCACAAAAUAUUCCCAUUGUGCAAUUCGACACGGCACGCACCCAGUCUCACGCUUAAACUGCAAAUGUAAUUUUUCUUUUUUGGAUUAGGGAAGGGGGGAUAUGGGGGGAGAAGGGGUGGUGAUAGACGUGAGAAUAGUAUUUUCCUGCGUUUGACUUGGUAAUUAGCAGGAAAAUAUGCUCUCAUCGGUAUCUUAUGUUUGUUUAGGCAUGUGCGCGGGUAUGUGGGUAAUUAGUAGGGGUAUAUAUUUGGGUGUGCUGGUUUUGUCUUUCAUCUCGGUCUUGCUGUUCCAGCUUUAAGCGAGCCGCACCCAAGGUUUGUGUGUUUUCUCGUUGGGACAAACUGAGAUUUAGAGGAGAGCGGAGGUUAUACUUCUACUUUUGUAAGAAUAUUAAUAAAACAAUGCGAGAUGAACUGUUGGUACUUGAGAACCGACACAACUGAUAUGGCUCAAUUCCUUCUAGUGUCUGCGAAAAGAUCCGGAAUCCCGAAGAAGGCAACUUCAUAUCCGUACUUAUGUAAGUCUUUUGGUGCUGAACUAAAUUUUAGAAGGGUACACACUCUAGACAUCUUGCUAAUGAACAGUGACUAACCCUAGAUAUUUGGAGAAGCAACAGUUAGUUAUUGUCUAACCAGUGAAAGUGUGUCUUUACGUAGAUCUGGCUAACUCCAAAUUAGUGCGGGGAGCCGGCUACGAUUUCAUAAUCGAUCAUCCCAGUCAGAAAUAAUCGGAUUAACUCAAUCGAUCGAUCAUCGAUAACAAUCGGAAAAAGCUCUUAGACGUCCAUUCAUUUUUCAUCUGUGAGCAAAUCAAAGAAAUUUAACCUUUUCAUUUUUUUUUUGGAACACUCAUUUUGUUGCCGUGUUUUAGCACACGACAAAAACACACGAAAUAUAUCAAAAAAGGGUUGAAUCGUCAUCAGGCUUCCUUUGAAAAGACAACACACCAGUUUCAAAAAUGUAUUUUUUAAUUUUCUGGAAUACUCGAUUGAUCAUUUCUCAUAAUCGAUUACUGCGGCGCGUAAGGUUGUCGAUCAGCGACCGAUUAUAAUCUGUGAUCGCCACACAACUACUCCAAAUGACGUUAGAUUUUUUAAAUGAGUUUACUCGAACGCACGUAAAAGGCUUUGAUAGCUCUCUUAUUGUCUUAUUAUUUGACGGUGUUUUCUUUUCAGGCGGUGAUUCCUUUGAAUGAGGAAUGUGGCCUGUUGGAAUGGGUACAGAACACACAUGGAUUGAGAAAUAUUCUCACUAAAAUUUACAAGUAUGUGUUGUUUUAGUCUUGUUUCUUUGUUUCUACGGUGUUUCAAUUAAGUGUUUUUGUAAGCAUACCGCACCAGGGGUAUUAUUGACAAUUAUUGGACGAGGUUAAGCAGAAUAUCGUGAUUUGUCAGUGGCGGGCCGAUCAGAUCAACUAUUUGCGGCAGCCGUAGUCUGACAAAUCGCGAUAUUUUGCGGCAACCGAGUGCAGUAAUUGUUUUACCAUCCAAUCAGCGAGUUUGUUUUUUAAUGGGUAUAUUCAGGAAGCGAAGCGAUCUGCCAUUUUCACGAAAGAGCGAUCUUAAGAAGGAGAAAAGCGUGGUUUCAUAUACGCCUAAGCAGAAAGUUAUUUGCAGCCAAUUCGUUGGACGACAUUGAGUAUGGUCAGACCAUUAUUUGUAGGCAGUUAUUUGCAGGUCACGUGGUGGGCUGUCGGCCAAUGAAAAAGAAGAACAAUUUGCAUCGAAUAGUAAAAAGCGUUAUGCCAGGUAGUAUAGCUACGACUGCUUUCUUUACACAAUGAAAACUUGUUAUUCCACAGCGCGCGGAGAUGUACUGAAAAUACAGAACUGUUAGUUUUGUUUUGUGUACAUCACACAUCUCUCUUUUUAGAUCUUUACCUCUUCCCUUUUUAUUAUUAUUGUUUUUGUUUUCUUUACAGGGAGAAAAACAUGUACACUAGAGGGGCUGAAGUAAAAAAAUUAAUUGACAGAGCGGGAAACAAACUAGAGUAAGUUAAAGGUUUUGUGUAUUUGUCUGUGUUGUCGUCGUUGUUUUAAUAGGGGUUCCGAUAGUCUUUAUAGUAUUAACGGUCAGGUAAUAGACACCCCACUCUUUGUAACCCCCCGGGGGGGGGGGGUUUAUAGUCUUUAUAGUAUUAACGGUCAGGUAAUAGACACCCCACUCUUUGUAACCCCCCGGGGGGGGGGUUACUUUAGGAAUUUCUGGGUGGGGAUGUGCCGCUGGGACCCUGGAACCCUUAACCUAUACCAGAGCUAGUUCAGCUAAAUUUUGCUAUCCUAUACUAGAGUAAACUCCCAAAUUCCUCCUAUCCUAGGGUAGCUGUUUCCCUAGUCUAGAUAAAAUCUUCAACCAACUGAUCAGUUUGCUGAAAAAUGAUACCCUAUUCUAGACCCAAACGUUCUGAUUUAUAUACCCUAUCCUAGAGUAAACUGCUUGAAAACCAUACCCUUCACAGCGGCACAUACCUAUAUAGCCCAUAUAUGACAGUACCGCUCCCCCCUCUCCCGGGUUGUAAACUUCCUUUUUUAGUCUUGUUUUCUGGUGUUAUGUUGUUCAUUGCUAUGAUUUAUAUAUGUUUUUUCUUUAUUAUUCUAGGGACAAAGUGCGCGUGUUCUUGAACGAAAUUCUACCAAAGUAUGUGAAUUACUCAAGCUGGUAGUCAGAGCGGGGCUUAAAGCCGGCCUGAGUUCUAACCAGUCUGGCAGACAUUUGUGUAAUAUAUGUAUAUUGCGAAUAUGGUAUUCUGUGUCAUGAAGUUUGAGUAAUAGUGACUUUUUUUUCCUCAGACAUCCUUCAGUUUUUCAUGAGUGGUUCUUAAAGACUUUCCCGAAUCCAACUUCAUGGUAACUAUACAGAAACACUUCAGGCUUCAGCCGACUUACUGGAGAAAAUGCUGUCAUUCUUGUUUUAUUCUAAUCGGAGAGUUACGUUAUAACUCGUCAGGGCUAGUUGUACCCAGUUUUGGCGAAGUUUGCUCUUAUUGCGUUUGUACAGUGCAACCAACCGUCUGUUCCUCUACAGGUACAUGAGCCGCCUGGCAUACUGCCGUACCUCAGCGGUCAUGUGUAUGGUGGGUUAUAUCCUUGGUCUUGGUGAUCGCCAUGGGGAGAACAUUUUGUUUGACGCUAAGUGUGGAGACUGUGUACAUGUAGACUUCAACUGCCUCUUUAAAAAGGUCAGUAAUGACUCCAAAGGAGGGAGUCUACCAAAACACGAUUUAAAACUCUCUGCUAAAGGGUACAUUAAAAAGUUUGAGCCUUUCGCAAAAUGAUUGAGUCACUUAUCAUCCAAUAUUCAUUCUUUAAUUUUCAGUAUAAACAUGUAUAGUUUUUUUUUUUAAAUUUAUCAUUAUUUUCCAGGGAGAAACCUUUGACUGUCCUGAGCGAGUGCCAUUUCGACUGACGCACAACAUUGUUAAUGCAAUGGUGAGUAAAUGUUUGAGAAAAAUAAAGUAUGCUUGGUCUGCAUCUUAAAAAGCAAAUUGUGUCAAUUUCUUUUAUUAUUCAACUUCAUUCAGUAGAGUACUGUACAUACAAAUAACACCCAAAAUGAGUACAACUAUCUCACAGUAUUUGUACCCUAGAAAACCGGUUGGACAGCUUUUCUACAAACUUCGCACAUGGCAGAAAAUGCAUCGUUUCCCGAAGAAAAUAAAGAAUUGGAGCCAGAUUGUAAGCUUAAAUAAAAUCGAGGUUCUAGAGAGACGUCGCCUGAACAACAAUGAAAUUUCGACAUUUAUUAGAAUUUUUUACAACAUGCAAACUUUAUAAGCUCAAAAAAAAGCAAGGAAAUUGAAAACAGACCUGAUCGUGUUUAAUAGAGAUAUGGUGAUGGUGGAACUCCGUGAAACAAAAGAUGUCCAUUAAAAAGAAAAUGUCCGCCGACGAACUGAACAGUCUUCUUCUAAUUUCUCUACUAUGGGAUGAAACUUCACAUGGUAGACUCCAGACGUUCUCCAAAGAAUUUUUGUUAUUGUUAAUCCUCGCGAAGUUGAGGUUUUAUGGCUGUUGUUCACGAGUAGCUCUUUGAAACUUCCUGAAUUUGUGGAAGGUUUUUCGUCUUUCCAUCGCAAUUUGCCCUGCUCAGUUUUUCUACUAGUUGUCAGUUUUAGUAAAAUCUGGAAGACCAUCGCAAGCGUGUAAUCAACACCGUCAUCACUCUAUCAUCAUCUUCAUUUGAGUGCAUGUCUAGAAUAAUGAAUCAGAAUGAAUAAAUAAAUUCAUAUGCUGGUUAAGUAUAGGGUGAAAAAAGCUCCUUUGGUGAUAUUGAAAACGAUAGUAAUUGCUUUAAAAAUUCCAAAUAUCAAGUUCGUUAAAACACGGAAAUAACAAUUUAUUUUGAGCGUUACUCUGUAUGACGGUCCGGGUAGCACUUAGUCUCCUUAGCAGCUGCUCGGGCUGGAGUCAGGCAAUGCUUCUUGCGCCCAUCACGCGGAGAAGUGCGGCUGCGAAGGAGACCACGUAGCACUGAAAAAUGAGUGUGAUUUUCAGUUGAGGUAUUGGAAUUUUUUCUUUUUUGGAUAAAGGGUCCUCUUGGCUGUGAAGGUGAUUUCCGGCGUUCUUGUGAAGUGACACUCAGACUUCUAAGGAAUCAGUGUGAUUCAUUACUAACGUAAGUUGCCCCCUGCCAGUUAGGAUUUUUAAUCCCGUUAUGUUGUGUUUGAAUUAUUUGUUUCUAACGAUUUAAGUGGAGUGCCUGUAAAGUAGCUACAAUCUUGGACAAAACUGUUGAGAAAAUUGUAUACUUGGACAGCAUUUUUCUAAAAAUCGUAGCUGUACCGGUUCUUCCCUCUCCCCCUUCCCCUGAAAGCAAUGUUGUUGUGUAUUCAAAAGAAAGCCUGAUCCCUGGGCGUUUGUGGGAAGCAACAUUGAAUCGGGGGAAGGGGUUUUCUUACCGCAAAGGCGUCGUUUUGGAAAUAGUUUUGUUGCGUAAGAAAGUGGACAUGAUGGAGAAAACUUUCUCAAGUAGUUUUGUCCGGGAUUGUAUUUGACUGGGAAAGGCGAUUUGCAGCCCUUAACGCAGCCAAAUAAGCCUGUUCUUUAUAAAUGUAGUACAUUUCAAAGAAAAGUAGAUAAUUAAUGCAAAAUGAGUGAAAAACAGAGGCGUUUAUGACAAGAAAACCAAUUGGUAUGUCUGCCUUGAUUGGAGUGGUCAGUCAAGAACGUUUGCGAAAUUCAUUUUCCAUGCAUGGUUUUUACGCGCGCUUUGAGUGAAGAGUAGCGGGCAUACAUUGCGCUUUUCCAGGACGAAAAGGACGUUUCCGUCAAGCAGAUUAGUCAGAAAAUGGCAAUUUCACCCACUACGAUUCGAUCAACAAAUAGCACAUGAAACUUUGCUGAAUUUUCAGAGCGCGUGACCCGACAACUUUGAACAAUUUUCCCAUCGCCGAAAUAGUCAAUGGGCAAGCACUUGCAAUGAAUAAAAGCAUCAAAAUGGAGAGAGGAUGAAAUAUUUACAAAAGCUGCAUGUGUACUUUUCACAUUUGAAUGCUUACUUUGAAACUGUAGCGAUAUCCAGUCCAAAGAAACACACUAUGAAAUCUAGAAAUGUCACGCGCGAUAACGUGAAAAGAUGUACUAUCGCGUGACCUGUAAAUGUGCACGUUUUGUCUUCGGGUUACAUAUGACUGGAAACAAUUAUGACCUAAAUUGGUAAUUUGUAAGCCAAAGCAUGAUAAAAGUUGCCACAGUUGCCUUCUAAUCUUUUUCUCUCCACAAUAUCUGCAAGUCGGAACGAUUAACAGGACAUUUUUGAGCGGCUGCGAAGAUUAGCAACGGUUAACAACGAUUAACAGGGAAGUUAAAUAAGAAUCAGAAGGUCAUUCUCUAUUGAAAACGAAAUGGUGUUAACCGUUUCAAUGCUUUGUUAAUCGUAAUAUUAUUCUAUCCAUGGAAUUAUCAUAAAAAGUUAACCGACUUUUAACGAACAAAGUUUCUGUAACACCCAUAGUUUAACCAAUUAUAAGUUCUGAGAAGCAAUUUCCACGUGACGGGAAACGGUUCCAUAUCGGAUUGACUAUUAUGUCCCUAAAUAAACACUACGAACUCCUUUUCUUCGAAGAGAACCGUCAUACAAGUCUUGUUCAGACUCUUCUUAAAAAGAUAAAUUACUUUUCACAUUUUCCGAGCCUUUCAUUCCGGAGCUACAGGAAAAUAUGUAACAAUUAGCACGCGUUGUACGGCUAUUGCAAAAUCUGACUGUUUUAAAGAGGGUGCUGCAAAAAACGUAUAUGAGGUCUUGCUUUUCUAUGAGAAGAUGGUCUGGCGUGAAACUUUGUGCUCAAAACAGCUUCUGUAAAGCGCUUUUUAUUAGCACGUUUUUGUUUUGUCCUUGCAAAUAUUCUUGCGAGAAAACGCGAAUCACCUUGUACACAAUCUUGGACAAAACUGUUGAGAAAAUUGUAUACUUGGACAGCAUUUUUCUAAAAAUCGUAGCUGUACCGGUUCUUCCCUCUCCCCCUUCCCCUGAAAGCAAUGUUGUUGUGUAUUCAAAAGAAAGCCUGAUCCCUGGGCGUUUGUGGGAAGCAACAUUGAAUCGGGGGAAGGGGUUUUCUUACCGCAAAGGCGUCGUUUUGGAAAUAGUUUUGUUGCGUAAGAAAGUGGACAUGAUGGAGAAAACUUUCUCAAGUAGUUUUGUCCGGGAUUGUAGAUAAGCUAAGAGCACUUUCCACUAUAAACAAGCCUUUAAUUCUUUAAACUUUAAUUAUCAUCAUCAUCAUUUAUUUGCCUUGUUUCAGUACAGAGCAAGUUUACGGCUAAAUUUGUUUUAGCGAGGAAACCUUAUAGAAACCACUAGGCUUAAAAAACAGAGGCCACCUCGAAUUUAAAUACUAUAUUUACAAGUAAAAUAACAGCUGCGCGUGUGCGGCUUGGCCAAUUCAGGAUCAUUUGAGUUAAAACUCUAACAAAUUUUUCUUAAAGCUGGAAAGCGUUGUGAACAGGUAAUAUAUAUAGGUGCUAAGAGAGAAUUCCAAAAAUUUUAAGAGAGAAUUUCAAAUUAAACUUGUAGAGGAUCCACUGAAAUUUAUGUGUCAUCAUAACAGAUUAAUUAACUGAUGCUGUUAAGUUAACUCAGUUGAUAGAGCGCAGGUCUGCAAAGCGGGGGGCCGUGGGCUCAUCCCUUGUCUCUUGUCCCGUUGUCCCGACCGACCUGAAAGAUAAUUGGUAGAGCGUUGCACCGGUAUUCGCAGAGGUUUCGAACCCAAAAAUUGCGUCAAUAAAUGCGAUGAUCUUUCCUAAAUUUUGCUAUGGGCCAGUAAGUUCAAAAUUAUUGGAAUGUUAUUUUUGGUCAUGCACGGUCAAGUCAGAGUUUAUUUAUUUAUUACACAGUGUUCUUCGAACAUUCAUUUACGAUCCUCUCGUGGAGUGGCAGAAAACAAGAGGGAGAGAGUUAUUGGCCGAAGCUUCUAAGAACAAAGAAACUGGAGAAGUCACGAAUGAGGAAGUAAGUAUUGAUCCUUUUCAUUCAUUCCUGCAACAGUUUGUGGUGCGCAACAAUUAUUACUUCCGUUUAUAAUAUCGCCAUUAGGUCAUUGUCAUAGUAACUUACAGUGUAUCCAUGGCGGCGUUCACACUUAGUGCUCGGGCAGGGUGCCCGAGUAGGGUACUCGCUGGGGGAUCAAUCUAGGUUUCCGGGAAACUGCUCACCUACCCCUCCCGUAAGUAAACAUUUUGCCCUAAACGAGAAGUAAGCGGUAAUGUUGGCUUAGAGGAGGGGUAGGUGGGCAUUUUCACAGAAACCACCUAACUUGAUCCUCACUAGGCACGUAUGGUCAGUAACUGUUAUGACUGUGAGUCCUCCGAUAUUAUGCGCGAUGUCAAAUCGGAAACUAACGGCGGUUUCGUGGUGAUUGCUUAGUGAUCUCAUGGAGAUUUUCAAAUAAUUAUGCCGACAGAUUAUUCGAUUAUGCGUGUUUGUCAUAUAGCACGGUCCGAUCAAAUUGUUUUUUCAUUCCUUUAAAUGAAUUAUCGCUUUCUUCGUCGAUAUUUACUUAUCGUGGUGUUUAUAAGUCUUAACUUACGGUACUUAGAUAAGUAUUGCGUCUUCCACCAUGUGUUGAUAAGAAGUCUUGUAAAAACUCCGUAAGAUUCCAAGAGCUUUCUUUGUGACGUGCUAACUUACCCCGUUAUUAUUUUGAGAUAGGGCCCUGUUCACACUACGCAAAAAUUCUGUCAAAAGGAAGCCAUUUCCAGUGCGAACGAUUUUUUUUCACCGACCAAAAUUUUCUCAACUGUCACAAGUUCAAAGAUGCCGUCGAGAGGAUUUGGAGGCCUACAUUUUUUUUUUGUCAGGCGACAAGUUCGUUUUUUCCUUGAUGUCUUUCCUUUAUUGGGUCACCUUCUUUCGCGAACAUGACCAAUUAAAGUUCCUUUAAUUGACGUUUCUGUGUAGACGAAAAAUUUCGCUUGUCUCAGAUGCGAACGAGGUUACAAAAACAAAAAAUUGGUGCUUACAAAAUUUUCAAAUUUUUUGCAGACGCCAAACUUUUUAUUUUUGUAGUAAUGCGAACAGGGCCUAUGAUUAAAAGUAUCCUGUCUACCUAGGGUGUGAAGAUAUUGAAAGAUAUCGAGAAGCGAUUUAAAGGUUUUGAGGGAAGCAACAGGAUCAUGAUACCUCUGUCAAUUGAGGGACAUGUUCAUUAUCUGAUCAAUGUGAGUUUUAGUUUCCUUUUUACAUUAUACUACUUCUACUGCUACUACUACUACUCCUGCUACUACUCCUACUACUACUCCUACUCCUACUACUACUCCUACUCCUACUCCUACUCCUACUACUACUACUACUACUACUACUACUACUACUACUACUACUACUACUACUACUACUACUACUACUACUACUACUACUACUACUACUACUACUACUACUACUACUACUACUACUACUACUACUACUACUACUACUACUACUACUACUACUACUACUACUACUACUACUACUACUACUACUACUACUACUACUACUACUACUACUACUACUACUACUACUACUACUACUACUACUACUACUACUACUACUACUACUACUACUACUACUACUACUACUACUACUACUACUACUACUACUACUACUACUACUACUACUACUACUACUACUACUACUACUACUACUACUACUACUACUACUACUACUACUACUACUACUACUACUACUACUACUACUACUACUACUACUACUACUACUACUACUACUACUACUACUACUACUACUACUACUACUACUACUACUACUACUACUACUACUACUACUACUACUACUACUACUACUACUACUACUACUACUACUACUACUACUACUACUACUACUACUACUACUACUACUACUACUACUACUACUACUACUACUACUACUACUACUACUACUACUACUACUACUACUACUACUACUACUACUACUACUACUACUACUACUACUACUACUACUACUACUACUACUACUACUACUACUACUACUACUACUACUACUACUACUACUACUACUACUACUACUACUACUACUACUACUACUACUACUACUACUACUACUACUACUACUACUACUACUACUACUACUACUACUACUACUACUACUACUACUACUACUACUACUACUACUACUACUACUACUACUACUACUACUACUACUACUACUACUACUACUACUACUACUACUACUACUACUACUACUAC